UAUUUUUCCAAAAGAAGAACCGAAAAAGAGAGGAAAAGAUCGAAGAGGAAGAAGAAAAAAAAAAAUUCCCAUUGUCGAGCGAAAUUGAUUUCGCCGGAAGCUGAAGAACUUCCCCACAAACACUUCACCUCUCUCCAUCUACAUACAUGGAUUUUCAGGUAGUAGUGUUAGCUGGCGGCACUUCAAAGAAUCUCGUCCCUCUCGUUUCCAAGGAGCUUCCUAAAGCACUACUGCCGGUGGCGAAUCGUCCGGUCCUCUCGUUGCUGAAGGUGAAGAUGUGGCUCUUCGGAUAGGGAGUUGGAUAUCAGGGGCUUACGACGAACGUCUACGUGUAGAGGUCCCGACUCACCCUUCAUGGACUAACCCCUUGCUAGAACCCUUAGGCUUUUGGGACAUAUGCUUCCAGAAUUCAGUGACCGAAUAAAAGAUGGUUACUUCUGUUCCUGAGGAUGUUGGAACCGCUGGUGCACUUCGGGCCAUCUCUCGCCACUUAACAGCAAAUGAUAUAUUGGUUGUGAGUGGUGAUCUUGUUUCUGAUGUUCCUCCUGGUGCAGUUGCAGCUACACAUAGACGGAAUGGUGCUGUAGUUACUGCUAUGCUCUGCUCUGUUCCAGUCAGUGGAUCUUCAGAGUCUGGAUCCGCUGGUGGAAAAGACAAGACCAAGAAAGCAGUAAUCCACAACAUCGUUGGACUUGAUCCUACCAAGCAAUUUUUACUAUACAUAGCAUCUGGUGCUGAAAUUGAGAAAGACUAUAAAAUUCAGAAAAGCAUACUCCGUGCAGUAGGUCAGAUGGAUAUCCGAGCUGAUCUCAUGGAUGCAUAUAUGUAUGCGUUCAAAAGAUCUGCUUUGCAAAAGGUUCUUGAUCAAAAAGAUACUUUCCGUAGCCUUAGGCAAGAUGUGUUGCCCUAUCUUGUGCGGAGCCAGUUGAGGUCAGAAGUUUUACUGAAUGGAACACCCCGAACAGAAGAAAAUGGGCUUGAGAAAGUUGGUUCCCAUAAGAUCCAAGUAUUGCUGUCACAGAUUCUCUCUAAUUCGUCUGCUACAAGUUUCCAUGAUCUUUAUGCGAGUGGUGCUGAUGGAUCUAUUCCUGUUCGAAAAACACAUAAAUGUUGUGUUUAUAUUCCUCCUAGUAGUAACUAUUGUGCUCGCUUAUUUUCAAUUCAAUCAUACAGCGACAUAAAUCGGGAUGUUAUUGGAGAGGCAAGUCAUCUUUCAGGUUAUUCUUUCUCUGCGCAAAAUAACAUCAUUCAUCCUUCUGCACAACUUGGAUCAAAAACCACCGUGGGACCCCAUUGUAUGUUGGGAGAAGGUUCACAGAUGGGUGACAAAUGUAGUGUGAAACGAUCAGUAAUUGGCCGCCAUUGCCGGAUAGGAUCCAAUGUGAAGAUCGCUAAUUCGGUCGUCAUGGACCAUGUUACCAUUGCUGACGGUUGUUCAAUCCAAGGCUCGGUUAUCUGCAGCAACGUACAACUUCAGGAGCGUGCUGUUUUAAGAGAUUGUCAAGUAGGAGCAGGUUUUGUGGUGACUGCUGCUUGUGAGUACAAAGGAGAGGCCUUGGCUAGAAAAGAAAAAUAAGAGACAUUUUGCCUUGAAAAUGAGAUUUGUUUUGAAGAAAAAUAAGUGUGAAUUAAUAUAAAAAUGAGGUAGAUGAAAGUUUUGUUGGAAGGUAGUGAGAGUUGUUAUCCCCUUAAGGGAGCAGUGAUUGAAAUCAAAUAAUCACAAAUGUGUUCUUUUUUUCCUUUUCCUGUCGGUUUUUUCGGGCAUUAUUUUCUUGUAUUCUUCUUGAUUUAAUUCCAUUUGUAGUUCAUAUUUGAUUUACAUUAGACAGCAUUUUACUUAGUCUAAGUAUUUAUAUUUAUGUUUUCGAUUGCCUUCUGUUCU